UACAGUACCAACUAGCUCCAGCAGAUGGUAGCAAAUCGGUCCUCAAUACGAGGGGAACCCUGUUAUCGCGAUAACUGCAUGCACAGAGAUCUUCGCUAUCGCGAGAUCUUCAUGUAUUGGCUGUGGCGCUGGAUGGCGCUGGUGGAAAUUUGGAAAUGUGCGGUCAAGAUUUCUCACGGGUUGAGUUGAGCUCGGGCAGGACGCGAGACUGACUGCAUCUGUGUGCGACCUGUAAGAAUCCCAGUGCCCUCUGUGCGGUUGCCAAGGUAUCUCCACGACUGCGGAUCCUGGCAGUGUGGCACUGGAACUGUGCCAUUUAACGGAAUUAAAAGGGGAUUUAGGAAGAUGCGUGUGUGUUUGGGGGGGAUUGGUGGCCAGCAGAACUGGGAGAUCAGCUGGGCUAAGAGAGAACAUAUUGAGAAGGCUGAGAGGUGAAGAGUAGUCGGCGGACAGAAAGUGGACAUGGCAACGUGAGGACAGUGUCUUGGAUCACAGCCACACUUACUAUAACAAACCCUGCAACAGUCACACAGCUGGUUUUAACCAGGCCAGUCAUUACGUUUGACCCCAUUUUACCAUCUCAGGUGUGGGAAGCAAUUUAGUCGCGACAGACAGACAUUACUGAGAUUCUCCCGCUUCCCUCGAGAGAAAACAUCACUUUUAUAUUCACACCUGUGACCAAACUCCAGCAGAUUCCUUCAUUAUAUUUUUUGUUUCGUAAUCACUGACCAAACCCUCUUUCAUGGGAGUAACAUAGAGACCAGCCCAGCACAGACACUAUCUGCUCUAUUUCUCUCUUGCAUUUACACACACACACACACACACUCAUCUGCACCGUGUUCAGGAUGCCCUCCUCCUCCAGCGUGAGUAGCUGGGGAAGGACGCGGCUCUUGUGGUGAUUGGAGUGGGGAGCGGAGCAGAUCUGGACCCAUGUCGUGGAAGCGGAACUACUUUGCUUCAGGCAGCAGUGGGCUGCAGGGGAUGUUAAACCCACGCACCAUGACCUCCAUCGCUCCCAGCAAAGGCCUGAGCAAUGAGCCGGGUCAGAACAGCUGCUUCCUGAACAGCGCACUGCAGGUCCUUUGGCAUCUCGACAUCUUUCGCAGAAGCUUUCGGCAACUUAACACCCACAAGUGCAUGGAGGACUCGUGCAUCUUCUGCGCUCUGAAGAGCAUCUUCGCCCAGUUUCAGUUCAGCAGUGAGAAGGUGCUCCCAUCGGACGCUCUGCGCAGCGCUCUGGCCAAAACCUUCAAAGACGAGCAGCGCUUCCAGCUGGGCAUCAUGGACGACGCGGCCGAGUGUUUCGAGAACCUGCUCAUGCGGAUACAUUUCCACAUCUCAGAUGAGACCAAGGAGGACAUCUGCACGGCCAAGCACUGCAUCCCACAUCAAAAGUUUGCCAUGACACUUUUCGAACAGUGUGUUUGUAAUAAUUGUGGAGCCACGUCGGAUCCUCUCCCCUUCAUUCAGAUGGUGCACUACAUCUCCACCACCUCUCUCUGCUGCAGUAACCAAGCUGUGCGAAUGCUGGAAUGUAAGGAGAAGCCCACGCCAGACAUGUUUGGAGAGCUUCUCCGCAAUGCCAGCACCAUGGGUGACCUGCGAAACUGUCCGAGUAACUGUGGCGAGGUGUUGCGGAUUCGGCGGGUUCUGAUGAACUGUCCGGAGAUCAUCAGCAUUGGCCUGGUGUGGGACUCAGAUCACUCUGAUCUAGCUGAAGACGUCAUCCACAGCCUGGGCACGUGCCUGCGGUUGGGUGAUCUGUUCUACCGUGUGACGGAUGAGCGGGCCAAGCACUCGGAGCUCUAUCUUGUGGGCAUGGUUUGCUACUACGGCAAGCAUUACUCCACCUUCUUCUUCCAAACCAAGAUACGCAAGUGGAUGUACUUCGAUGACGCACAUGUGAAGGAGAUUGGACCCAAGUGGAAGGAUGUGGUAUCGAGAUGUAUUAAAGGCCACUACCAGCCACUCCUGCUGCUGUACGCUGACCCCCGAGGGACACCCGUGUCAUCGCAGGAUAUGCUGGCAGCACAGCUGGACCUGCACCACAGCAGCAAGGCCGGCUAUGACAGUGAAGACUCCGGGAGGGAGCCCUCAAUUUCAAGUGACACACGCACAGACUCUUCCACAGACAGCUACAGCUACAAGCACUCUCGAUCAAACCAUGAGUCCAUGGCCUCCCAUUUCUCUUCUGACUCUCAGGGAACUGUGGUGUGUAAUCAGGACAGCAGCGGUUCCCAGAACAGCAUGGACACUGCUGGGGAGGUUCUUAAAGACCAGGCCACUCCCCAUUGUACACCAAGGCCCUCUUCUACUGGCCAUCUGCAGGACUAUAAAGAGACUAUGAAUAUGAUCCACAGCAGACCCCUCUCAUCGUCCUCUAGCUCAGGGGUGGGUGGCUCGGAGGCUGGGGCGCGGGCAAGAGAUUGGGAAGAUGAGAGCACCAGCAGUGAGUCCAAGUCCAGCUCCAGUGGAGGGCGCUAUCGGCCCACAUGGAGACCCAGAAGAGAGGCCCUGAACAUUGAUAGUAUCUUUAGCCGGGAAAAGCAUCUGCCGCCUGGCUACACCACGCUCAGACCUUCCCCGCUUCCGGAGAACCCGAUGUCACCAGGGCACAGUGAUCUAGUCUCAGGGGCAGCUGUGGAGGGGUCCAACAUUGCAGCAGCAGAGACGGGGGGCAUGACCGAUGGCUCAGGGAGUAUGCCAGAAACGGGGGUGGAGCAUCUACUGAUCCCUCCACCUCUAAGAGGUGUGGAACAGCAGCCUCGGCUGAUCCAGAGGAUGGAGAGUGGCUACGAAAGUAGUGAGAGGAACAGUAACAGCCCCAUCAGCAUGGACAUUCCCCUCAGCGACAACCCCAGCACCAGUGCUCACAGGGACAGCAGCAGUAAAAGACCCGUGACUUCUGGGCCCUCCUGGCGCACAGUGCCCAAGUCCAAAAGCAGCAGUGCCAUCCUGCAAGACCUCAAAUCACCCACCUGGAGCAGCAGUCCACUGAGUUUGGGAGAGGGGCGCAGUGAACUGGAUGAAUUGCAGGAGGAAGUUGCUCGCAGGGCCAGGCAGCAUGAGCUCCAGAGGAAGAAGGAGAAGGAGAGAGAAGCAGAACAGGGCUUCAACCCUAGACCCAGCAAGUUCAUGGACCUGGACGAACUUCAGCACCAGGGGAAGGGGGGCAGUUUUGAGCACUGCCUGGCGGAGGCUGACUCUCUCUUAGAGCAGUCGCUGCGCCUGGAGCAAGCUGGGGAUACAGCUACAGCCCUGGCGCUCUCCCACCACGCUGUGUCUAAACUAAGAUUUUCCAUGCAUGAGGGCAGUGCUAACACUCAUAGCAGGACUAUGGCUGCUGACGCCAAGCUACAAAAAUGCAUGAGGAGAGCGCGGGGCCUACAGCAGCGCAUGCAGCAACAGCAAGAGCAGCAGCAGGAGCCCAGCCGCCCACAGGGGCCCACCAGUGAACAGCCUGGCCCGGUCCAAGUAUUGUUGACAGACAAUCAGGAAGAGGUCUUUGAGACCAAUCAGGAUUCUGUGCUUGGCUCAGCCUCUCCUCAACACAUGAAAUCACCCUCUUCUUGUACAGACAAAUACAACCCCCGGCCUGCCUUUUCUCAGCCACAGCCCCAAGAGCAUGAUGAACGCAGCAAUUGGUCGACCCAGAGUGAGAACGAAUGGGGUGGCAUCAGAUUAUCAGAUGUUCUCCAAGCAUCAGGCAUUCGGAUCAUGCCCAUACGCAAGCACCUUGCCAUAUCUCUACCCUCUUUGCCCCUUGACUUCUGGGAUGUAUUGGGAGAGGACGAAGAAGUCUCCAGCUGUCAGCACCCUCAAUCUCCAAAUCCUCCUUUGUGGCAGGGCACUGCAAAUAGUCUGGACCGGAUACUCCAAUCCAGCAAUACCAGUUCACCACCCGACCCUGUUGAGGAGAAGGGGCCAGUGCCCCAGCGAGCCCCCAUAUGGCAGACCCUGUGUGCAUCUUCUCAGCCCUGCACCAAAUUGACCCCUCCUGUUGCUGCCCGUCAUUGGUCCUCUUGGAGCCUAGACCGUCCAGAUGCUGUUGUCAACCCCUACAACACACCUUCUGAACAGAACCAGCGGACAGGACCUGCCAUUUCUCAACAAACACCUGGAAGACACCUUGUUCCUCACAGUCCCAUGAGCACCAGAAAGAAGAACAUCCCUAAGUACGCAAAAUUCCAAAGCACGGAGUUGGAACCCACAGAGGCCGAGGACCAGGAACUCUCUGAAUUGGACUCACUUUACCAGGCCAGUCUGCAGGCUGGCCCGGGUCCUGGCCGUGCCCUGCGUGGUACCAGCUCGCCUGCUCUUGCGAGACCAGUACCUCCAGCUGCACGAAAGCUGCUCACUGGAGUUGGACGCUCUAGGACCCCCACAGCUGAGCUUGAGAGAACUGCUUAUGGACCACCAGGUUGUUGCAGCCCUACUGGAUACAUGAACAUGCCUCUGUCAGUGGCCCAUCAAGAGCCUCAGUUAGGAGAGGAAGACCAGUAUGAUGCGGAUCACCUGCGCCGUAUUGCUCGCAGCCUAAGUGGAACAGUCAUCGGGCGUCGCCAAAACCGCCUUUCCAUCUCCCGAAGCUUCGUGGCAAUGGUGCAGGAUGUUCGACAUUCUUUCCCCACAGUGGAUGUUCCAGACCACGCUCACUACACCAUCGGCUCUGUCAUUUUGGCAGUGGGUAUCACUGGCAUGGUGGGAAACUUCUUGGUCAUGUAUGCCUUCUGCAAGAGUAGGAGUCUGAGAACACCUGCCAACAUGUUCAUCAUUAACCUGGCUGUCACUGACUUUCUAAUGUGUGUCACUCAGACACCAAUCUUCUUCACCACCAGUUUGCACAAGAGAUGGAUCUUUGGGGAAAAAGGAUGUGAAUUAUAUGCAUUCUGCGGUGCUCUGUUUGGUAUCUGCUCAAUGAUCACACUCAUGAUCAUUGCAGUAGAUCGAUACUUUGUGAUCACUCGUCCUUUGGCCUCUAUUGGUGUCAUGUCACGCAAACGAGCCCUGUUGAUACUUUCUGCUGCUUGGGCAUACUCUAUGGGCUGGAGCCUGCCUCCGUUCUUUGGAUGGAGUGCAUAUGUCCCUGAAGGUCUGCUGACGUCCUGUUCAUGGGAUUACAUGACUUUCAGUCCUUCUGUACGUGCCUACACAAUGCUGCUCUUUACUUUUGUUUUCUUCAUCCCCCUCUUUGUUAUCAUUUAUUGCUACUUCUUCAUCUUCAGGGCCAUCCGAGAUACCAACAGAGCUGUGGGAAAAAUCAAUGGAGAAGGAGGACCCAGAGACUCUAUCAAGAAGAUGAAUCAAAUGAAAAAUGAAUGGAAGAUGGCAAAGAUAGCACUCAUAGUGAUCCUUUUGUAUGUCAUCUCCUGGUCUCCAUACUCUUGUGUGGCUCUUACUGCUUUUGCUGGCUACGCUGACAUGCUCACACCCUACAUGAACUCUGUGCCUGCUGUGAUUGCCAAAGCAUCCGCCAUCCACAACCCAAUCAUCUAUGCCAUCACUCACCCCAAAUACAGGUCUGCCAUUGCAAAGUAUAUACCAUGUCUAGGAGUGCUGCUAUGUAUACCUCGUAGAGACCGGUUCAGCAGCAGUAGCUUUAUGUCCACAAGACGCUCCACUUUGACUAGCCAGUCCUCAGAGACCAGCAGCAACCUGCACCGUGCCGGGAAGACACGCUUGUCCUCUGUGUCUGAUAGCGAGUCGGGCUGGACGGACACAGAGGCAGAUCUCUCCAGCUCGAGUUCGCGUCCUGCUAGUCGUCAGGUCUCAUCUGACAUCCGAAAAGAUUUAUCUGACUUCAAGCACAGCAGCUCUCUGAGGCUAAAGGUCAAGAGCAGAGACUCAGGUAUCUUCGACAGAACCUCGGCCCAGAGUCUAGCCGAGCCAAACUUGAGCCGGACCUGCACAUACAUCAGUACGGUGAUUGACAAAGAUGAGAUCUCCAUGACUGAGGUCAGCCUGUCCAGUUGUCUUUCGUCCUCUCCAAAUAUUAUGUCAGAGAACGUUGAUGAGAAAAGACAGUUGGCUCGGAUCCCUUCCAUCAUUGUUACAUCAGAAUCCAGUCCUACCCUCCGCAGCGGCGGCCCCUCCAGACAGCUCCCAGGUGCUUCGGUGGACGCAGCUUCUGUCACUGCGGAAACUGCUGGGAUUGACUGAAUACGGGCUGCACUACCACUUAUUUAUACUUCAGGACACCAUCUCGACAGACUCUGGGUCAUCUGACUUAUCCCUUCCUCCUUUUUGUCUCCUUUGCACAGGGCUCAAAAAUGAACCUGCAUGCAGUCACAACUGAGAUCUGAAAUUUGGCUGUGUCAUUAUUGUUGUACUUCUGCCUGUUUUGGGGUGGAAAUGGGCAACCACAGGCUACAGGGUAAACAGUGUCUUUAUGUUUUACAAGAGGACACCCUUUAAGGCUUCUUUUAGUGGUGUGGAGAUGAUCCUCUCCUCUCAGGGAUGAAUAUGGCAGUUCUGUAGGAAAAGCAGCAAUCAGUGUCUCAGUUAUGGAUUGACACUGCUCAGAAUAUGUAUUCAGAUGCAUCCAUCCCUGCUUCAUCGAUAAAAAGGUUGUGCUGUAGGCCAUAGGAAUAAACAGUUCCCUGCGCCUGCACAAGAUCAAAAACAACACAUGAUGUGACGUGAAGAUUCAAACGCCUAGUUUUUACAUAGCCAGAAAUUUUGGUCUAUGAAAUGUAGAGACCUGUCUACAGGUGUACUCUCUCUAGGACAGAAAUGUGGAUUAGUUUAAUGUUUCUUUCAAGGUAAAGUGUGUUAUUUUGUUAUGUACAUAUGUUAAAAUGUUUUAAUUGUAAUGGCUGAUAAAUGAUAAAUGGAUGAUACU